AGAGUAUAUUACCAAACAAUUUAUUGGGUGAUUCAGUGAUUCCUAUCCCAAAACUGAUAAAAAAUAUUUUGGGAUCACAAGGCAAGAGAGUGUCAUAAAUUUUUUUUCAACCAAUACCACAGUGCCUAAUUAAUCUUUUAAGCCAUUCCCGUGAGUAAUUCCAUACGAUGACUUGGCUCUUAAGGCCAUUGCUGCGUUACAAAAUUUUAGCAAGAUCAAUAUACAGUGUCUCAGGAGGAAGCGCACCAUCCAAAGCUAUUGACAUGAAGGCUCGUGUUUUCAAGUAUGCAAAGAGGUACCAAGGAGAGGCUAAGACAUCGGACUUUCAGCUGGUAGAAGAGGAGCUGAAAACCCUCGAGGAUGAUGAAAUCCUCUGUGAGGCUCAUUUCUGGAGUGUAGACCCUUACAUGAGGGUCUACAUGGAUAGUCAUCCCUUGGGAUGUACUAUGAUUGGUGGUCAAGUUGCCAAAGUGAUAGAGAGCAAGAAUGCCAAAUAUCCAUUGAAUUCCUGGAUGUUUGGAAAUUUUGGCUGGAGAACUCAUACGGUGAUCAAUCCUGAGAAGGUCCCAGUGGAACUUCAAGUUCGUAUCUUGGGAGAUCUUAAAGGUUUGUCUCCAUCCUUGGCUCUGGGAAAUCUCGGAAUGCCCGGAAAUACUGCCUACUUUGGACUGUUGGAACUCUGUAAGCCUCAAGAGGGAGAGACAGUUGUGGUGUCUGGAGCUGCAGGAGCUGUGGGUUCCCUCGUAGGACAAAUAGCCAAGAUCAAGGGAUGUCGUGUCGUGGGAAUUGCAGGUGGUCCUGAAAAAUGCAAUUGGCUUAAGAAAGAAUUGGGAUUUGAUGCGGUAAUCGAUUACAAAUCCCAAGAUGUCCGUGCAGCUCUCAAGGAAUGUGCUCCAAAAGGAGUCGAUUGCUAUUUCGACAAUGUUGGUGGUGAGAUUAGUUACACAGUGAUUAAGUGUAUGAAUCUCUUCGGGAGGAUUUCUGUCUGUGGCUCCAUAAGUUCAUACAAUACUGACCCAAAAGAUUUGCCCAAAGUGCCAAUUCUUCAGCCGGAUUUUGUCUUCAAGCAAUUGAGGAUGGAAGGAUUCAUCGUGACACGUUGGAUGCAUCGCUGGAUGGAGGGAAUUAAUCAGAUAAGAGAUUGGAUAGCGGAAGGAAAGAUAAAAAGUCCAGAAACUCCAACUGAAGGCUUCGAAAAUCUUCCUCGAGCCUUUAUUGAUAUGAUGAGGGGACAAAAUUUAGGAAAGGCUGUUGUUAAGGCCAAAAUUUAAGCACAUGAUUUAGCAAGACUUGAUUUUUCCUCAGGUAUAUUUUCCAGAUUGCUCACUUUGGCAUUAACAGGCAACAUUCGAAAGGAUUCUUUUUUGGGUAUUUUUUAUAUAAGAUUUUUUGCGUAUUUUCAGGCAUAUUUUUUGUCCUUUUAUUAGGAAAAAAGUGAAUAGAUCAUUGGAUCUUUUUCUCUGUAACAUGAUUCCAAUUUUAUGAUGUAUAAAAUAAAUGUAUUAGAGGCUACUUUAUAAAGCAAAA